AUUCCUCUACAUGCGGUUCCUUUGCGUCUGUUGGCACUUUUGGCGGGGAACCAGUCAUGUCAGCUUGGCAGCCAGUUCAAGGACAGAGACGAGGAGACACAAGGUCACGUAACAAGAACAAAAAGCAGAGCUCUUCAGACGGUGACGGUAAAAAAGACAAAGGAACCUGCAAGCAGCAAUAA